CAAGGGGCAUUAUGAGAAUCAGAUAGCCGAAUUUCCCAAAGCCACAAAAUGAAAAAUUAUCACUUAAGUCCGGCCCAGCGUCUCAGACCGUAAUUAUCAAAAAGUUCGGGGCUAAAAUUGUAAUAUCACACGACCCAUAAUAAGCUAGCUAGGGUUUUACCAGUCUUCGUCUAACCAUCGUCGUCUUCUUCCUCUCGUCUGUUGCAGUCGCUCUCUAUCUCUCAUCAAUGGUGGGCUUUGAAGUCGGAGCAGUCCCCUUCAACCCGGACGGUUGGGGACCACCCGAAUCCACCUCCCCUCUCCUCCCCAACCACCUAAGCAACGUCCCCUUCGCACCCUUCUCUCGCUCCGACAAGGUCGGCCGGAUCGCCGACUGGACCCGCAACUACAACCCUACCCGCAACUCCACCAACCCCCGCAACUCCACCCACCCCUCCGACUCCGUCUUCGAUUUCACCGGCGACGAUUCCUUCGGCGGCGCCGCCGCUGCCGACGAUGACGCCACCUUCCGCCUCGUCGACGGCAAGCCACCUCCUCGCCCUCGCUUCGGCCCCAAAUGGCGGUUCCAGCAGCAGCGCAACCACCUCCCCCAGCGCCGCGACGAGGAGGUGGAGGCCAAGAAGCGCGAGGCCGAGAAGGAACGUGCCCGCCGCGACCGCCUCUAUCACCUCAACCGCUCCGGCGGCCACGGCCAGCGGCGCGAGGCGGCCGUGUUCAAAUCGUCGGUCGACAUUCAGCCGGAAUGGAAUAUGCUCGAUCAAAUCCCUUUUUCGACUUUCACAAAGCUAUCUUUCUCUGUUCCGGAACCUGAAGAUCUUCUUUUGUGUGGAGCUCUCGAAUUUUACGAUCGAUCUUACGAUCGCGUUACCCCGAAGAACGCUCGCGCUCGUCCUCUCGAGAGGUUCAAGAAUCGGAAUUUCUUCAAAGUCACCACCACCGACGACCCGAUCAUUCGCCGCCUCGCGAAUGAAGACAAAGCUACGGUUUUCGCUACCGAUUCGAUUUUGUCUACCCUAAUGUGUGCUCCGAGAUCGGUUUAUUCUUGGGAUAUUGUGAUUCAGCGAGUUGGGAACAAGUUGUUUUUGGAUAAACGAGAUGGGUCUCAGCUUGAUUUGCUUGCGGUUCACGAGACAUCUCAAGAACCCUUGCCUGAAGCUAAGGAUGAUAUCAAUUCUGCUUAUUCAUUGAGUGUUGAGGCUGCUUAUAUCAAUCAGAAUUUCUCACAACAGGUUUUGAUUAGGGAUGGUGAUAAGGUUGGAUUCGAAGAGCCAAACCCAUUUGCGAAUGAGGGGGAAGAGGUUGCGUCCGUAGGGUAUAGGUAUCGCCGGUGGAAGCUUGAUAACGAUAUGUAUCUUGUGGCUCGGUGUGAGGUUCAGAGUGUUGUUGAGGUGAACAAUCAGAGGUCUUUCCUUACUCUGAAUGCGCUUAAUGAAUUCGAUUCUAAGUAUUCGGGUGUGGAUUGGAGGCAAAAAUUGGAGACUCAAAGAGGUGCUGUUUUGGCUACUGAGCUGAAGAACAAUGCCAAUAAAUUGGCUAAGUGGACUGCCCAAGCUCUGUUGGCCAGUGCAGAUAUGAUGAAGUUGGGUUAUGUUUCACGGGUUCAUCCUCGCGAUCAUUUUAACCAUGUUAUAUUGGCUGUGGUUGGAUAUAAGCCGAGGGAUUUUGCGGCGCAGAUCAAUUUGAACACUUCAAAUAUGUGGGGUAUUGUUAAGUCUAUUGUGGAUUUGUGCAUGAAAUUGAAUGAGGGAAAGUAUGUGUUUGUCAAGGAUCCUUCGAAGCCCCAAGUGAGGAUUUAUGAGGUUCCGGUAGAUGCAUUUGAGAAUGAUUAUGUGGAGGAACCACUGCCGGAGGAAGAACAGGUACAGCCGCCUGCGGAGGAUGAGGAAGGCGGGGAGGUAAUUGCGGCUACAAAUGAUGGGGAAGACAAAGAGGUUACUGUUGAGGCUUAGAAGGAAUUUAAGGAUAAUUAAACAUAUGAUUGGUAGCAUAGAAGGGGAUGCGCAGAAGAAAUGUUUAGUUCCUUGUUCUGGAAGCUCUUCAUUCCUGGUUCUUCUAUAUCUGGAUCCUCUGUAUUGCAGGAAAAUUUUGCUUAUGUAGUUUUUUUAUUGCGCAUAAGUGUUUUUUUUUUUUUUUUUUUUUUUUCUCAUUUUAGCUUUAACAUAAAUCAAUUUUGGAUAUCCAUUAACAAAUCACUAGUUUAACAUUCGUUCCUUUUGGUUUUGGAUUCAUCUGAUUGGUGAUGAUGAUGAUGGCUUUUUCUUUGUUUUC